GUCGCUUGCAUUCUGCAGUAGCCAUUUUGGAAGUCGUGUGGCACCGGUAACCGCGUGCCUACCUCUCGCCGCUGUAGCGUGGAUUACUGCGCGUAGUUGCUGUUCUUUGUGCCGUGCCGCCUGCGUUGUGCGACGCCCUCAGGUUCGUUGCAUCGCCUAGCACGCGGGACGUACCGGCUCCACCGAGGCUGACCAUGAGCGACCGUGAGGGCACCCCCGAAGAGGAGGCUGGGGAGGAGUACCUCCAGGACAAUGCUGGGGGUGAGGAGGAGGAAGAGGAGGCUGCUGUUGAGAGGGAGGAGGAAGACGAUGACGGUGGCCGCAAGAGUCACGACGAAGGAACUCCCGAGGAGGACUCCCGCAGCGACCGCCGCAGGCAGCGCUCGCGCACCCGGAGUCGAUCCCGAUCGAGGAGACGUCACCGCCACUACAGUCGCUCCCGUUCCCGAUCACCAAGGCGCAGCAGAUACUACUACUCUCGCAGCCGAAGGAGCCACAGUCGCUCCCCCAUGUCAAAUCGACGACGCCACGUCGGAAGCCGGGACAACCCGAGUACGAGCCGAUGCCUCGGCGUGUUUGGGCUCAGCCUGUACACGCAGGAACGGGACCUCAAGGAGGUCUUCUCCAAGUAUGGGCCUUUGGAGGACGUCCAGGUGGUCUAUGAUGCUCAGUCUGGCCGCUCUCGAGGCUUUGCCUUCGUCUACUUUGAGACUGUGGAGGAUGCCAAAGCGGCCAAGGACCGCUGCAAUGGCCUGGAGAUAGACGGGCGCAAGAUCCGAGUGGACUACUCCAUCACCCAACGGGCACACACACCAACACCAGGCAUCUACAUGGGCAAACCAUCCUAUGGUGGCGGCAGUGGCAGCGGCGGCGGUGGUGGUGGAGGCGGCUAUGGAGGCGGCGGCGGUGGCGGUGGCUACCGUGGUGGCUACAGGGACCGUUCGCCAUCCCCCUACUACAGCCGGGGGCGGCGCUACUCUCGCUCUCGGUCUCGGUCGUACUCCCCCCGGAGGGCUUGGAAGAAGGAAAACGAAGCGCAUUGGUGUGUCUCUGUGAAGUUUGAAGUUUGCGAAGGGCAAGAAAGAAACCGGUGGUUGCGGGCGUAGAAGAGCGAAGCCUGAAGGCAAGGCGGGUUGGGCGGGGCCGGCAAGAGGUCCUUGCUGCCCUCCCGCAUGGUGAGCUUCCCGCCUGGUGCCAUCAUCCCCUCCCUCCUUCCCCCUCUAUUCCCCCGUCACACACACAGAAACAGUCUCAACAGCGUGGGGCCAACGCUGAAGCGAUCCGGCCCCCCGUGGGUAAGCGGUACCUUGCUUUCGCUGCCUUCUACCGCCCAGGUUUCCCGCCUAACUUGCCUGUCCCUCUGGUGUUGGGGCUUCUUAUUGGCAGGAGGUGUGCCCAGCAGAUACUGGCACUUACAGCUUAUGCACUGGAACUUCAUUGGUGCCCACAUGGAGGGGAGGAAUGGCUGCAGGCUGCUAGUAGUAUGCACCAAUUAGUUGUGCGGGGGGUAGGAAGGCUUUACAAAAAUGCAUUGCCACAAACUUAAUUUGUCGUGUUUCUAUUGCUACUUCCAAUAGGGUUAUCAGCUUCAUUGCCCUAGGACUAUAGAGCUAUCACUGUCAUUGUGGUAGGUCUUUAAAGCUAGCCAACCUGAACUGUGUUGAAGUGAAACAUUUUGUAAAGUUUUUUUGCAUCAUGCUUGCAUCGUGUGCCCUUUACCCCCAAAGCCCAAGUGUUGCUCUUGACACUCAUAGCCGCUUUCCAAGACGCCAUAGCUUUCGCCACAGUGAGGUGGUUGCCUGCUGCAGAAAAGUAUAGUACUGUAUAGUAAAUGCCCAGCUGCAGAUUCCCCCCCCCCCCCCCCCUUUUUUUUGCUAGAUGCAUCUGGCACCACUUAUGCAAUGCCGCAGAUCUUGCGAGAAACCGACGGCAUGACCGUGAGGCACAUUUACAUCUUUGAGAAUCCCAGUGAAGAUGAGCUGGUGCCUAAGUGUGAAGUGUGUGAAACUCAAUCUGCGUAUCUGAACUAUGCGAUGGAUGGAUGGAUUACAUGUAUGUCAGGCCCACUAAUUUGGAAUGUGUAUACAAAUUGGUAAAGCUUCUGCAUCGCAUUGCAGCAUACGUUUGUAUUCGGGGUGAUUGCGCCUGAAGGUUCGGCAUACGUAUAAGCAUCUUAUGAAACGCUAAGCAGGUGCCCACUAAUGAGGUUCCAGUGCAUCAGCCCAUGGAUAUGGAAGGAGUUGUAAUGAACACUAGUGCAGUUAAGAGGUAGUUGCUGCGAGGCCUUCAUGACUACGAAAUGUGAUGCUGGACAGAACAUCUCAUGUUCCUCCUAAGGUCUGGUAAGCUGGUGUGUAGGGUAAGGCUGUGAAUUUGUACUUCAUGAUUUGUCAGCUCUGUAGCACUUAAUGCCUGUGUUUCAGAACCAUGCAGAAGGAUAGUGAAACUGAAUUGCUGCCUAAUUGGUAGCUAUACUUUGCAUGCCUGUGUUUGCAUCCGCCGGUGUACCAAUUGGCUGAACUGGACGUGCUUGCAGAAAUCUUUGUAAGGUUUGGGCACUCACUGCACUUGUCUUAUUUACCUGUGCUAGGAUCAAAACGCUUGUUCAGGGCAAGUAGUACAAGUGUAGAUCAUAGGGACUAUGCCAUUUUGUACUUGGUUUAUAACAAUGUUUCUUGUUUAGAGUGGUGCUUGAGCGAGUAGCUCUUCAGUAAUUGGAGUUCAUGUCCCGUUUUUGCUAUAGCACUGUUGGUGUGCUUAUGCAGUGCUUUUGCUGUGAGGGCACUUUCCGACUGCCAGUUAGUUUCUAAAGCAGCAGGUUUUGUGCAGCUGUUGUCCUUACUUUGAUAAUCACUUCACUCCAAGAUUAUUGCUUGCCGUGUUUGCAUGUUCCUUGAACGUUUUGUAACUCUGAACAUAGCAGGCUGCAGUCACUGUAUUCUUGAUUGUUUCAUUCGACAGGCCAGAUUUUGGCUACUUGGUUCUGUAGCACCCAAGCUACACCAAGUAAAGACAAGUGCAGUUGUAUGGAAUUAUUUCUAGACAGUUACUUUGUUCGAUGAUAGCUUGGAAUGUGUCCUUAAAUUAUUGUAAAUCUGAGUUCCACAUUUUAGCAUUGUUGUUGAGAGAACUUUGUCGCGGAAAAACUUUGUGCUGGGCACGGCACUAUUCCAUAUACUUUGCUAUUUAAAACACACCUAAGACAGUAUCAAGUGUUUGGGGCAUAUAUUUGUCCUUCAAGUGGAAGCUUUUGGUAUCGGCUAUUUGAUCACUUCAUUCUGUGGCGGGUUCCUUGAUGUAGGUUCUUGCUCAACUAUUGCAGCAUAUCUCAAUCCUUUUGCACAUUUGUACAGAGGCACUAGGGAUUUGGGUGAGUGGCUAUUAAUGGACUUGCUCUGGCCGUCUCGUCCUGUUCUGUCUUGGCCAUCUUGACAGUAUGUGUCAGUGACACCACGAUUGCUGUCAUAACAAGUUGGGGGAUAGUGCACUUGCAGUGGCAAGCAGAUAUUCCUAUGAAUGCCAAAAUACUUGUGUAUAAGGCUCUGGGUUCUUAUUAAUGAAUCAAGUGUGCUGAAAACUUAUCUGGAGCACUACACUGCGGUAACACUAUGUUGUGUUGUCCUGGAAUUAGUUAAAACCCCAUCGAUCAGUGAAGUUCAGACUUUGGCUAAACCUUGGAUAGGUUAGGACUUGGGCAUUAAUAUUACCCAGCUCUGAACAGUAGCAAUGCAAGUGCCGUGAGGCCCAAUUAGUGUUGGUGGCGUACUGCUGUAAAUCACUCGGGGCUUCUGGAUGCUUUUCAGCAGACUGUAGUGUAGACGGAUGUUAGGCUUGGUCCUUUAGAGCAGUAAUGGAUCAAAUUGAAGCAAGUUCCUUGUAUUUAGGGUGUUUACUAAAGCCUGUUUGCAGGUGGAAUGUAGUUCUCUAUUGUCAGUUGGUCCACUAGCAGAGGUACAGGCCUGUUGUGCUAAGCCUUGCGGUUUGCAGCAUGCAGCUUGGAAAAUAGGAAGAAAAAGGCACUCAUCACUCGCUAUUUGGCCCAAUGGACCAUCCAGGUCCUCGUUUGGGCCAACCCCACCCAAGCCAGGCUUUUACAGCACAAGCGCGUGGUAAGUAAAUGUGAGGCGCAGGCAGCAAGGAAGAACAUAGUUCCUACAUGUGUUGUUACAGGGGCUAACAGGGCUGCUAUGAGAGCCACUUGUUUCACAAGCUUUGUGCACAUGGCCAGAGCAUUUAGCUACGCAUUGUGGUAUUGUGGUGGAGCUCGUGUAUUUAACUUGCAGCAGCCAACAAGGUGGUAUACUUUGUGUUGAUGCUGAAAAUUGGCUGGGGUGACAUUACAUUUGGUUUAUUUCCAAGAAAAGGUGCAGAAAUUUUUAAAGUUCUUUCUAGCAUUUGAGUGAAAAACUGGAACAAAGCAUUCAAAUUUCCAGUGGGCUAACAAGCACCAUCAAGUGGCAACCACAAGAUGUUUGGUGUAUGCACUGUAAUUUGUGCUUGUUUUGUAGGAUUCCAUGUAAAAGCAAAUGCCCACUGUUAGCAUUUCAGUCAUGGUAGCUGCGCAUUGUAUAAGGACUGUAUUGGCACUUAACUUUAAGAUAUGUGGGGACAUUUGGCUGCUGCCCAAGCAGGUGCUUUCUCGAGUUCUUCAUAACGCUCCUCUUUAAGCAUGUGGAGUCGCUGCUGGUUGCUAGGAUGCACCUGUUUAUGACACACUAGCUUUCUUAAUGUUGCCUGAAGCAGCUUUGAAAAGUUUCAUCGGAAGGAUGCAGGAGUCUGCCUACGAAGCCCAAAAGACACUAGCUACGAGAAAUGUGUACACCUGUCCAGAGCACAGCACAGCAUGGCAAAAGGAAGCGCCCUGACUUUUAUUCUGCUUUUGAGCAAGUGAUAGCUUUGUGGGCGGAAGUUGUGUAAUUGGCUAAGCUUGCGGCUGCUUUGUCAUUGCACAUCAUUUGCUUUGCAGCAUUUCGCUUGGAUGCUUAAAACAGGUGCAGACAUCUGUACGAUUCUAAAAGUAUACGCAAGUAGAAAUGCAACAGCAGCGUUAGUAGUCAGUGACUCCACAACCACAGUACAUCUUGUAUUGAAGGGGCCUUGUCUACAAGCUUAGGCUUGCUCGCAGCAUUCAUUUUGUGUGUGCGAUGACAUUGCAAUGGCUUGAAAUUUCUGCACGAGCUUCCGUGACAUUAAUAUUUUGUCUGCGAAUCGUGUACUAUGAAAAAUGGCCACCGUGCUAUUGGCAAGUACCACCUGGUAACAUUAGGUCUCUUGAAUAUAAACAAGGCAAACAUUGGAACAUAAUGUAAAAUUAAUCACACCAUCUUGACGUCUCUGGGCCCACAGUCAAGGCGGAAAAGCUUGUGUCAAAUGCGAAGUGUUUUUAGUGUAUUACCUAAAAAGCAAUGUUUUCACACCAAACAAGUGCAAACAUUGAGAUUAGUUCAUCAAGCUUAUUUAGCAAUAGUGUGGUUCACAUAUAGUCAAUUCCAGCAUGGCUGCUGAUGUGUUGUAUGUUGCCUAGUAGAUUAUGGGGCCAGAUUUGCUUAAUGCAGCAGGACUGCGAUGCACGCACGUGACGUCGGAGAGAGUGCUACCUUGAGGGUAUUAAAAAACUUACAUAAAAUGGUAGGUUACAAGCUGAGCAUAAAUUCAGCCAUGCAGUGUUUGCCAAGUUCAGUGCACAGUAAUUAUUUCAGGCUAUAAGGUGUUCACUAGCUCUGUGUGUAAAGAAACACUGAAUUAAGAGAAACAAAUGAUAUAUGCAGUUGGCAUUUUUGUUCCGUUUAUAGAGAAACGGCUGUAUAUGUGGCUUGCUUUGUUAAUUAUAACAUGAAAAGGCGCCGUGUGUCGGCAGGUAACAAUUUUGCAUUUGUACCCUUGCCCACGAACUGCGCAGUGUGGCCGUUUUGACUCUUGAGCCAUUUCAUACUUGAGAAGCAAUGUGGUGGUGUAGCUUGACAACUCGACGCUCUCUAUUUGCUACAAAAAGGUAAUAUGUUGCAUAUUAGGCCCUAGAAAUUGUUUUUGCAGAAAUGCUGAAUUUGGUGUAAGCGAUACUAGAUAGUGGCAAACGGGGCACCAGAGAACACGACAGACAAGUAGACUGAGGAACACAAAGCGUCAUUGAUUGUCCCAGUCACCUUUUCUUGUAUGUGGUGUUCUCUGGUGCCAUUUAAUACGUUUUGUCGAUAAUACAUGAUAAAGUAUCUUUUACAAUGUGAAGUUACAGCAACAGUGUUGCGAAACAGAUUUUCGACGGGAAAAUUGGGGCUUGGAAUUGCACACUGUGCAUUGGGUAUCAGAAAUGGUGCCACGAAUUGUGAAUAUGCCAAGGUUUCGUCCUAUUCGAAGAAACCUUGGAUGUAUGCGCAUAUUCACAUGUGACGGAGUUGCAUAAAUGGUGUGGUAGAUUUGCCCAACAGCUUGAUUGCUAUGCACAUUACAUGACAUUAUCUUCAUGACUACAUUACUGGCGUAGCUUGUAGAGGUUCGGAUGCCACACACGGUGGCUGUGAAGUUUCCUAUUAUUAGAGGGAACUCUUGCGCCAGCGAUUGUUCAGCUGCCGUGGAAAUGAUGGUUUAUAGAUGUAUUUGUCCGAUCGUUAUGCUUGUGGCUUUGGGCGUUUUCGUGUCUGUUUACAGACUUUAUUGGCCUAAGUUAUGAAGCAGUCCUGUUUUUCUAAAUUAAAGGCAAUAAGAUUUAAGCAUUAUUAGAAAGAAUUGUUAGAUUUAUACGCAAUAUUCUGUUCAAAAGGAUCCAUUCGCAACAUAGAAGCCAGGACGAAGAUGUGGCAAAUCCAUGUACUCGCCAUCAUGACACUGGCAGCACCGUCAGGCCCAUAGACGCACUAGCACCUGAGUUUUCUCUUGUAUUUAGAGCGUGUUAAGGGGAGUUUGGCAGCCGUUUUUGUAUAGCGGUAAUUUUCGGUAUCAAAAGCAAUCCAGCCUGCGUUGAGAGUCCCAAUUUCUCGUUUUGAAAAGCAAUACGAAUGACUAACAUAAAAGUCACCUCUGUUCCCUUCGCACGAAUAGAUAAUUAUUGUAGUUGCCUGGUGUACACCUCUCACGAAUAGACACCUUUGCACGUUUUUUUUUUUCGUGACGUAUUUCGUAAUUUUUGUUUAUCACUUGGCAUUUUACCGGCUCCACGUCGGAGGUCAACUAGGGAGUUAGUGCGGCUGUGGUGGUAUAGAGCAGCCUGUGCGAAGCGGCCGCGUUUUUCAGGGCGUCGGUGAUGUUCACUAAGAACAGCUAGCAAAUAGACUAUAACUUCACUGUGCUCUGUCUAUCAGUUGCUCAUGCCGGCAUACAUCUGCUAAAGAUUAGAAAAUAAGUUUUUGUAAACUGAUAGUGGCAUAGCCUCUUACACUAUAGUGUAAGAGUAUGACAGCUUAUGAUUAUUAUGAUUAUGGCCACACGUGAUUAUAACCGCUUGUCUCGCCUCGCAUUCAGAUUGCGGUAGCGAUGUCAUAGUUUAAUAGGUCGUCCACUGUGUCAGCGGAGCAGCAGAAAGCCGAUGGUAGGUACGGUCGCCGGGACCAUUGGAAGACGGGAGUGGUCAAUAGGGAUGGAAGAAGCCGCCGAGACCUCCAAUGAUGUUCUCUUCACUUGCUGCAAGAGCUGCUGCUGUCGGAAGCUUAGCGGCCCACAGUGGCUGCUUCGAUCCCAAUGCUGGUGUGUCCCAGACCUCGGCGCUGCGAGCUUGCGAUGUUGAACCCGCAAUAAAGCGCCCGUUCUUUGCAACAA